AUGAAAAUCUUCGUGUUUUCACCGGCAUUUAUUCACUUUUUGUUGGGUCUAGUAUCCUAUUUGGUCUUCAGCUUCACCUACAGAUGGCUAGGAACCUCAUCUUCUCAAAACAAGACGCUCAAUGUAACAGAAAGCCGGAAACUUGUUGUGAAAUCUUUGAGAGAAGGCUCAAGCCUGUUUUGCACGGGUCAUAACAAAUCAACCCGGAUUUGCAAGUUUCGUUAUUUGUGCUACCAUCCAAUUGAAGAUGAAUACUUGUUUUUUCAUGGACCUGAAACAAUUAUUCAUGGUGUCCCAAGUGACCGAUUUAACCCGGCUUUACUUGACAUGUCUUCAGUUGAAGACCACAAUACUCAAUAUUUCAACUAUGUGGACUAUCCUGUUUAUUCCGUUGACAACUUCCCUAAUGUCACGGUGAUCGACGAUUUUAGCUUGAUAUUUCAUAGGUUUAAUCCGGAAAAUAUCAUGCACGUUUUUCACGAUGAUCUUUUACCCUUGUAUCAUACGUUAAGACAGUUUUCACGGAAUAGUCUCUCUGUCGAUCUGGGAUUUACCCUUGUUAUGAUGGAUGGCCGGAAUGAAGGAACUCAUUUUGAUUUGUACAAACUAUUUACAAAGAAAACAUUGAUUUUGAAAAAAGAACUUCAGAAAGCAAAUCACCUGACAUGUUUUCGCCAUGGAGUUAUCGGCAUAUCAAAGUACACAACUUGGUAUCAGUAUGGUUUUAGGGAACCACAAGGGCAGUUGCCUCAUGUCUCCUUGACUGGGCGAUAUUUGCGACACUUUACUGGUUUUGUCAAAAGAAGGUUGGGAAUAGACAAUGUGGCAUCCAACUCCUCUGAUUCUUCAUAUAUUGUGUUAUGUUCAAGAGAACACAAUCGUUUGAUAACCAAUGAACUGGAUUUGUCAUUAGCGAUUGCCCAGCAGUUCAAUAAGCCGGUGAUUCGAGUAAGCAUGGCUACACAUUCUUUCAAGGAGCAGGUACAGAUUAUAAGUAAGGCCAGUGCUCUUAUUGGAAUGCAUGGCUCAAUGUUGAUUAUGGCUAUGUUUUUACCACCUGGUGCAAGUCUCAUUGAACUCUUCCCAUUUGGCAUCAAUCCCAAUCACUACAUGCCAUAUCGUACUAUGGUAGAAUUACCAGAUAUGAAUGUUAUCUAUGCCUCUUGGAGGAAUGAUAUUGAGGAGAAUACUGUUACCUAUCCUCAUGAGGCACCAGAAGUUGGAGGAAUUGACCAUCUUAGCUCGGAAGAACAGGAGGACAUUAUGAAUACAGAGGAGGUCCCACAACAUUUGUGUUGCAGUGAUCCUUACUGGCUUUUUAGAAUUUACCAAGAUACUAUUGUUGAUAUUCAAUCACUUCUGUCAGUUUUGGAAUCCACUAAAAAUAAGCAGAAACUGCUUACUACUAAAAAGGAGGUUGACCUUAACGGUAAACUAUAUCCAAGCAAGGUAAUUAACCUAACUUGCCAAAUCCCAUUUAAAGAGGCUAAGCCAGCUUUGUGGUUGUCAUGGAAACCACCCAUAAAUUUACCAUUUUUGGCCACUAAGGAUGUUAAGUAUGAAGUAUGGAUUCAAGAAGUAGGCACUGAAGGCUACAUUGCUUACAUACUUGAUAUGACAGAAUACUUGUUUGAAGAUCACCUUAAAAUGAACACACUCUACAAUAUAUGGGUUAGAUGUAUUGUCAAUGAAAUGCAAGGCCCUUUUGGGAAGGUUUUAGGAUGUAUGACAUGA